AUGGCUUCUCUCAAUGACAAAAUAAAUGACUUGCAAUCACAGCUACAAUCAGCUACCAAAAGAAAACUAAAAAAUGCAAAAGUGGAAAACUCUUUACGUAGUUUAGAACGCUCUUUGACUGAAGAUAUUUCACUUAUUCAAUCCGAGUGUGACUUUAUAUUGCAUCAGAUGGAGGAUUUAAAAGAUCAAAUAUCCAAAGUCACAAACCAAAUAUCAAUAACAAAAAUAUGCAGCGUCUCUGAAAAGUCUAAAUUUGAAAAUCAUCUAUCAAAUAUCAACGCUCAUAAACAAGGAUAUGAAGAUAUGCUUGCAAAAGAGCGGAAAAUAGCUGACCUUCAAAACAAAAAAGUAAAGGAAGAGCAGGAGGAAAUAGAGAGACGGAAAAUAGCGAAGGUUUUGGAGAUGAACGAACAAAAAUGCAAGGAGGCAGCGGCUAUAGAAAGCGAAUGCGAUGCUAUUGAGCGUGAAUGCAGUGUUUUGACGAAAAGAAACAAGGCUAUUAUGUUACAGCUGAAACGCAAAUUAGUACAAGCCGGAGGCACCAGACGUGAGCUGAUAGAAAAAAAUGAAUUAGUAAAUAAUUAAACCAAUAUUACCUACCAAUAAAGCGU